AUGUACCUCUGGAGACUUGAUUUCGAACAAGACAGCUUUAACGAAUAUUCAAUAUAUAUAAAAAAUGAGGCUUAUCGUAUUGAUAGUUUUCUGGCUGCAAAGAUUGAUACAUCCCAAAAUGUUCGUGGUAUUACAUACCCAAAUGCCCAACGUGAUGAGAGUGUGGUCGAUGAUUUGCACGGAACAAAAGUAGCCGAUCCAUAUAGAUGGCUUGAGGAUCCUUAUUCAGAAGAGACGAAGCAAUUCAUCGAUGCUCAAAACGAAUUAUCACAAUCGUUGGAGAGUAACGCAAAUUGGAAAAAAAUAAACGAAAAACUGACCAAAAUGUGGAACUACCAUAAAUUCGGCGUUCCAUUCCGGAAGGGGAAGUACUACUUUUCUUUCAAGAAUUCUGGUCUACAAAAUCAAAAUGUUCUUUACAGACAGAAAUCAUUGACUGAUGAGCUAACUGAGCUCUUGGAUCCGAAUUCGUUGUCUGCCGAUGGAACGACUGCUUUGCAAAGCACAUCUUAUUCACAUGAUGGAAGUAUUCUUGCAUACUCUCUUAGCGAUUCCGGCUCUGAUUGGGCAAGAAUCAAAUUUCGAAACAUCGAAUCGGGUAAGGAUUAUCCCGAUCUUUUGGAGCGCGUGAAAUUCUCAUCGUUAGCAUGGACACACGACAAUAAAGGAUUGUUCUACAAUCGCUUUGAUAAAAAAGGAAAUGGAUCUGAAAAUGAUUCGAACCAGAAUCAAAAGUUAUACUAUCACCAACUUGGCGACUCACAAGAAAAAGACGUACUUGUUGCUGAAUUCUUGGAGAACCCAAGAUGGAUAAUAGGUGCGGAGGUGAGCUCGUGUGGAACAUAUUUGAUUUUAUCACCCGGAUCUGGUGCAAACAAUGCUUUAUAUUUCGCUGAUUUGAGUAAAAAUGGUCCGAUCACUGGGAAAAUUCCACUCACAACAAUUGUUACGGAACCCAACGCUGCAUAUGAAUAUGUCGCGAAUACUGGAUCGAAAGCUGUAUUUCAAACGACAUGGAAUGCACCCACUUAUCGCCUUGUUGUGAUUGACUUUGAUAAUUAUGCAGAAGAGAAUUGGAGUACACUUAUCGAGGAAAAUCCGACAGAUGUACUACGAUGGGCUCACGUGGUUGAUAAAGAUAAACUUGUUGUUUCAUAUAUGCAUGAUGUGAAGAGUACAUUGCAAGUGCACUCUCUGGAGACUGGUAAAUUGAUUCGACACUUUCCGCUUGAAAUUGGUACAAUCAUGGGAUUCAGUGGAAACGAAAAAUCUUCGGAAGUCUUCUACCAACUUCAGUCAUUUCUCUCACCUGGAACAAUUUAUCGCUACGAUUUCUCCGAGCCUAACGCUGAACCGACUGUGUUGUAUGAAACUAAAUUGAAUUUGGAAGGAUUCGAUAAGAAUGAUUUUAAAAUGGAACAAGUAUUCUAUUCAAGUCGUGACGGUACAAAAAUUCCCAUGUACAUUGUGCAGAGAAAGGAUAGUUCAAAGGAGCCUCGUCCAUGUUUACUCUACGGUUAUGGAGGAUUCAACGUUUCACUUCUGCCAUCAUUCAGUGUGUCAUAUCUAUUUUUCAUGUAUGUUCUCAACGGGAUUCUGGCGAUUCCGAACCUAAGAGGCGAUGGUGAAUAUGGCAAAAAAUGGCACGAUGGAGGUCGUUUGCUCAACAAACAGAACGUGUUUGACGAUUUUCAAGCGGCAGCCGAAUAUUUAGUUCAACAGAAAUAUACAACAAAAAAUAAGAUCGCUAUCAGAGGAGGUUCAAAUGGUGGAUUGCUCGUUGGAGCUUGUAUCAAUCAACGACCAGAUCUCUUUGGUGCCGCAGUGCCCCAAGUUGGUGUCAUGGAUAUGCUUCGAUUCCACAAAUUCACCAUCGGUCAUGCGUGGAUUCCAGAAUAUGGCAAUCCAGAUGAAAAGAUUGACUUUGAAAAUAUUUUUAAAUACUCGCCGCUACAUAAUGUACAUGCACCAAACAGUACUGAGAAUCAAUAUCCACCAACAUUGAUUACAACUGCUGACCAUGAUGAUCGUGUCAGCCCAUUGCAUUCAUUGAAAUUUGCUGCAGCCCUACAAUACGCCGUUAAAGACAACCAGUUCCAGAAGAACCCAAUUUCGUUGAGAGUUUACAGUAAGGCAGGCCAUGGCGCAGGCAAACCAACUGCUAAAAAAAUUGAAGAGGAAUGUGAUGUCUAUACAUUCUUAUGUCAGGCCCUGCAAAUCGAUACGUCAUCAUUAUAAUUUAUUCAU